AUGCAUGUAGCACGAAGCCGGAUGCCGACAUCAGUGGUGUCGGCCUCGGGCCACCUCCAUAAGAAAGAGACAGCAAUCAAAGAAGUCGCAGGUGGCCUAAUUCUCACACAUGUUUCCCUCGCCAUCGCCAUCAUUGUGCAGAUGUACAAAAAGACAUUGACAUCCGUCGAUGCGGCGAUCGGCGCAGUCAUUUUGGACGCCCAAAACAUCGCUCUACUCAUUCCUGUCACUGCCAAACAGACCCUCGCAGCUCGAUGGCAGGUGCUCAUACUUAUACCAGCCCAGAUCCUCGGUCUAGUAUUCCUGCCAGUGCUGGUGGUCAAGUUCACCAAGGGAGGCUUCGCAUCGCAAGACUGCAAGUGUCUUACUAUCUUCUGGUGGUCCCGGUUAAGCGAUUGUAAGGCCUUCUCCGGUAACGAGCUUUCUCUCUUCUGGAUCUAUUACACGCUUCGUUGGAUGAUGUGGAUCCACUCGUCCUUCCAUUCUUUGUACAACGCCGAGUGGUUCCACAGAUCUGAGAAAGAAGGGCGCAUUCCAAUCUUGAACCGCGAUGGUACAAAGCCAAAGACGUAUUGGGAAAAGGCUAUAGCUCUAGCGCGUGAACUGCGGGAUUCAAAUCGACAAGUAACAAAGGCUACUCUACAGGCUGGCCUGCUGUAUAGACAAUACUCUGCGACGAUAUCAGUAUCGUAUACGGCAUACGCUCUAUACUCGCUCACAUCUAUGGUAGUUGCCGAAGUUACCAUUGGAGAGUACAACCUCCAACCAAGCUCCAACGCCAACUCGAUCGGUCAGAUAAUUGCCGUCGUGGUCUCGCUCGCUACUCUCCUUCGAGUCAUUUGGAGUUUCCAGAGCCUCUAUAAUGACGCUGAGAAUAGUUCAUUCCCCGACUUCAUCUUCUCAUUGCUUUCGCGGUCCCCGUCAAGUUGCUGCUUCGGCUCAAAUGUAGAAGAGGCGAGCGAAGAUCCAGCUCCGAUCUUGUCGAGACUAGAUGAAGAAGAGCGUGGGAGGAUAUCAGAUACCGAUAGUGGACAUGAUGGCUCAGGAGGAUCGCUACCUCCGCAAACUCCCGCAUUAUCUUCACAAUCAUCCCAUGGAGCGGUUGGCCUAGCUGAUCAACAUCUUGGGCCCAAUCCUGGAUCACCUCACCCAAGUAACAGCAGAAAUUCCUCCGAUAGCACCAACUUGCCAAAGACGCAGCCACAUUUGCCUUUGGGACAGAACGGUCGAGCACAGCGACUUCCACCGAAUCGUGCAGUGCCACAGCCAAAACGAACCGACUCCUACGGGCCAGCAUACCGAUUCGAGUUCCGCCAGCCAUUCCACCUAGACGCUGUCAAACAGCUCUUUCUGCCUACAGUCACCCAAUAUCUGGAAGUCCGAAGAAAGGCGAAGGCUACAACUCCAAUGAGCGAGCAUCCGGUCUCGCUCUCUACCAAACUCCCGAACCCCGAUCAGCCAAUGGCUUGUACACCACCACAACAGCCACAACAACAUACGGGUAGGGAGGAACCUCUUCCAUCGCCCUUAGUCGUAGAAGUACCGCAUCCAGCAGAAACUUCGACUUCCGACGAUAACCAACACCCCGUCAUGAUUAGCGGCUCGCCUCUCGAUUUAAUAGGCGCCGACAUGAUACCGAAGACAGAGCCCCUGAACACUUCCGAUGAAGACCCAAUUGGCAUCAGUCACCAAGGUUCCUGGAAAGAUGGUCGUCCCUAUGUACACGUUGAGGAAGAUAAAUAUGUACCUAUCCAAUCAGGUCCUCUCGAAAAAACAGAAGUAUCGUCAACACAAGAGCCUGGGGAAGAUAGUCCAGCGCCAGUCUCGACAUUUGGUGAUGGACGGAUAUUCCCUGCUAAUCGUUUUGUUUCCACUUAUGAUCUUAACAAGAGGGGCCUGACGUCAAAGACAGAGUACCCUGAUAUCGCAGACCAGUCAAAGGGUGGCGGAGAACCACAAGAACCGAGUGUGCAGAUUGAGAAGGGUCGCGCAUCAGCAUUGUCUAUCAUUGCAAACGAUACAGAGUCAGAGAAAGACGGCUCUCAGACGAUAGGCCAGUCUGCAAAGUCGAUUGAGCCGGUCGAUGAGGCCUUUGCCAAGUUCAAGGAUGCCAAGAACGUGAUCGCCAAUCCCCUCCAAGAAGCGCCUGUGCCGACUGGUAUUUAUCCAUGGAACAUACCCGCGGACUCUCGUUCAGGCUUUCCUCCACACGAGAGCUUGGAGCUGGAGCCAACACAAUCCUCGCCCAGUGACAUGGAGCCGUUUGCGUGGAGAAGACGGAGACGAAUGCAGGCGAUUCUUCGUUGGGAUUUUGUGCUUCAUGAACUGGGAAUUCUAUCGAGAAACCCAUCAGGAGGACAAGGCAGUGUCGGUGAAACUAUAGAGGCCACGCUACCCGAAUGGGAAUUGCCUCCCAAGGGACUCCCACUCGACGACCUCAUGUGUAAGACUAUCCUUCACUGGCAAGCAAGAUCGCGUAUGCCGCGAUGGGGUUGUCCAGGCAGGGAUGGAGCGUGUGGACUGAGCUACAUUGUCUGGAAGAACUUCUCAACGUUUGAGGGACACUACACAUGGGAUCACGCAGAAAGAAGUUUUCGUCAAAAAUGCCCUAUAGGGUGCUACGGGUCCUGGGAGACGCACACGAGAUCAUCUGCUCGAAACUACGAAAAUGGAUGUAUGCUCGCACGGCACAUCUGGAGCAAGCAUUUGUAUAGAGAGGAAUUCCGCGACCCGUCACUGCCACAAAUGGCGAAAGCAGAUCAGGCGAAAUCGGCGGAGUCUUCAAAAAUGGCUCAAGAGGCCGACGCAACGACCGAAAUCCAAACGUCUAGUAGUGAAAAGCAAGGGAAACUUCGUGCGCCUGAACUAGCGGCCACUGACAAGUCCGACAGGGUCGGGGGUAGACUUCACCCGCGCACUCCUCCAAGACUCGAGAAGAGACCUAGUUGGUGGCAACAGCGAUACGGAGAUCUGGAGCCCAAACCUGCGGCUGGCAGCGAGGGGGACAAAUGGCUCAGAGAAAUGCGCCUCUAG